CGUCAACCAUCAGUGACGUCAUCUCACAACCAAUUCGUUCCGAUAGUUAUCAACAGCAGACGACAGCACUUUUCUCCGUUUAGCGCUGAUUCCUGUAUUACAUUAGGGGCCACAUUAAAGUGACAAGGGCCACAUUGAAACUACAGGGGCCACAUUGAAGCUACUGGGGCCACAUUUAAACUACUGGGGCCACAUUGAAACUACUGGGGCCACAUUGAAGCAACAGGGCCAACUUGAAGCUACAGGGGCCAAUUUGAAGUUACAGGGGAAAAUUUGAAGCAUUGAAGCUACAGAGGCCACAUAGAAGCUAUAAGGGCCACAUAGAAGCUAUAAGGGCCACAUAGAAGCUAUAAGGGCCACAUAGAAGCUAUAAGGGCCACAUAGAAGCUAUAAGGGCCACAUUGAGACUACAGGCACAGCUCAGUGAUGGUUCUCAGAUUCAACCCUCUAGAUGGCACCGCCCAUCAGGAGACGACGCCUCACACGGCGCCGGCCCUCAAGUACCUGUGCCGCCAGGCCAUAGUCAGCCGCAUUGGCAUGCAAAACUUGGAAAAGGUGAACACUCUACCGUUGCCCCAAAGGCUAAAUGCAGAGAUUGCUACGAUCACACUGAAUGACUUCCUGAUAGAAGGGGACAACUUGCCGCCAAGAUCUCACCGUACUAAGCUAUAUCCUGCAACAUGUUUACUCACAGGCGAGAUGGUCAACAUUAGGAUUGCGCAAUCAGCUCCAGAAAGGCAAGAUGACAAUAUAGUCACCAGCUUUCAGGAAGGCAACAAGUGGGUGAUAGUAGAAACACAGAUCAAAUCUCUGGCUGAUCUUAUUUCUGAAUGCAGAUCGAAAGGAACAAAAAUCGAUGUAAUCAUCAUAUGGCGAGCCAUAGCGAAGCUUAUUUCGCAUCUCAAAGAUAACAACACUGCUCCAACUGCCCAUUUAUCAACGGACUCAAUAAAAUUCACAAAGGGAACGCAAAAGAUUCACAUUUGUCUGGACUCUGUAAACGAAAUGCUCGUGGACCCCAUCUCAAAUGCUACAUAUGAGGCACCAGAGGUUUUCAGCAGUCCAAAUCCUGAUGCCAGGGCCUUUGUGUGGUCUAUAGGAUGUAUUGUGUACGAAGCCUUGGCCCUGGCACCAGCAUACUAUGACCCCACUGGCAGAAACCCAUUUUCUGUGUUUCAGAACAUUUUGAAUGGAGUUUUUGUAGCCCCUAUGCCAGCUUCAGCUGAUAAGGAGUUGCGCAAUCUUGUAUCAAAGUGUUUGGUAUUCGGUAGGCAUGACAGAAUGACUUUUGAGGCACUUGAGAUCCUUGUCAAUGCCCAUAGUGUGGUUUAAAUACUGAGCUUACAUUUCUGGCAAUCAAAAGUGUAUUUUACAUUAAUUUUUAAUGUUUUAUCUUAUUUAUUUACAAUUUUACAUUAUAAAUAACAUUUAAUUCAAUGUCGCUUGAAUACCUUCAGCUUACAACUACUGUUUAUUUUGACUACUUUGCAUUCUAAGUCUAAUCCGUUUUAUCAAUCUGCAUUACAAGGUUUUAUAUUAUUUUUAAUAAACUUAAAUAUUGUA